AUGAGACCCAAAUAUUUGCCUAGUCCAGACGUUCCGCGUUUCCAGGCUGUAAUGCUCAAGGGCGAAGAGACGAAAGCCACGGCAACAGGUGUCGAUGUCAAGGCGGCUUCAACGACAGCUGUUAGUGGUGGAUCCGUCGCAGCCACCACGAUAACUGCAGGCGGCCAGCUAGCGCCAAUCCAGCAGCAACCCUCCGGUCAGCCGCGACGGGUCCGUGAUGAGCUAGACCCUGCACCUCAUCACACGGCGGCAGAUAUUCGAGUGCUGGAAAUACUCAAACGAAUCCGCGACUCCGGUAGUGUUGGUGAUGAUGAUCUUGACAUUCCUCCGCCUAAACGGAAACCCGGGCGCACGAGAAUGGCAGCACGGGUCAAAGUCGCUAGGUCAUUGAAACUGCCGAAAGUGGUUGAACAUUUCUGCAGCAUGGUAUUUGCCGUUUCAGAGCGUCCUACAUUCACACGGCAGGCGCCGGCGCCAGUGCUACCCCAACCUCAAACAACAACGACGUCAACCGCAACCUCAUCAACAACGACAAUCGCCCUUGAAUCCUUUAAAGUCCCUCUUUCCAGUCGCUUGGAUAGUAUCCGUCCAAGGACCACAACCACAGCUGCCAUUCCCAGCCAGCUGAAGAAUGGAACUCCCACCCCUCCUCCGGCCAUUGUACUCGCGGCCACAAAUGGAACGGCUGUUCCUGUGACCACAGGCUUGGUUGCUACCACUGCUGCUGGUGGAAGUGUUACGGCCCCAACGGCUGUAGCGGUGAUUCAGCAGAAACAGCCGGCGACAGCAACGGGAACGAGAACGGCCCAGCAGGCACCACAGCAAAUUGGGCUUGAGUUGAUUCUUCCGAACGGCUUAAGAAUACCUGUCUCCGCUACCUGCGCCAAGUCUGAUGCGCAAAUUCAACCGACAACACCGUCGAUAACAGUGGCAUCUACCGGUGGAAUACCGACAACAACAGCAAUAAACAAGUUGUCAUCGACAGCUACACCUACAGCGGUUACACGGACAGUAACAACAACAACAAGCACCUCGCAACAAAUCUGCUCCUGCAGCCGGUCAAAGUGUCUGAAGCUCUAUUGCGAAUGUUUUGCGGCUGGGAGGGCUUGUGGGGACAGCUGCAAUUGUCGACACUGCUACAACAACCUCGCUGACGACAUAACGAAACAGACUCGUGAUGUCGCCAUGCGGACUGCGCUCUCACGUAACCCUCUCGCUUUUAAACCCAAAAUUGAAAUAUCAGGGAAACACGUAUUGGGCUGCCGGUGCAAAAGAUCGCAUUGUUUGAAGGGCUACUGUGAAUGCUACCUUGCAAAAAUCCCUUGCAAUCAACGUUGCCGCUGUCUCGGCUGCUCCAACGAAGAGACGACGACGACGAAUACCAACACUACAGCAACCACUACUACCACCACAAGUACAACCUCUGUCAAUGCUGCCUCAAGUGCGACCACCACAACUGCAGCUGGCACGGAACCCAUCAAGGAGACUCAGAUGUCCUGGCUUGCCUCCCUGGCCACCCGGCAACAUGUUGUUGCUGCUGCUGCAGCGGCCGCCGCCGCCGCCGCAGGUGCUGGCUCCACAACUACUCCGAUUGGUAUAGUUGCCGCUGGUGCUACUACAACUACCACUUCCACCGCUGCUACUAUCACCACGACUCCCUCCAUCGCUGCCACUGUCACCGCUGUCACUGCGACUCCACGCACCAUUACGUUAAAUGUGCCUAUCAAGGCGCUGGCUGCGGCGAGUGAAACUGGCGGUGUGAUUGCACACCCGGCGGGUUCCUCCGCAGACAUCCCACCCCUUCUCCUUCAUCAGUCCUACCUUGCGGCUGCUGCUGCGGCAGCAGCAGCAGCAGCAGCGGGAGGAGCGAAUCAGACUCAACAAGAUCUGCUCAAAUGUCUCAAUACUGUCUUGCCUGCUGUCCAAUCCCAGUCUCAGCUGCAAUCUCAAACACCCCACUUCCUCAUUCCUGGAGUUGUGCAGACCACGGUAACCGCGGGUAGGGCAGCCGAUACUUCUGGAACAGAAACGACAACGUCAGCGACGUUAUCGACACCUGUCUCGAAGUUGUCUCCACCGCUGUCCAUUGUGACGAAAACCGAGAGAGUAGAUGACGAAGUUAACAAUGAGACAGCAACUUCAUCUGGAGCAUCUCCAGGACGCCUGAACGAUGAUAGCACUGAUGAUGAUGACGAAAAAAACGACGUCGGCAUUGGCGAUGGGGAGGACAUGAAUGAGGAGGACAAUUAUAGCGGAUACACUGAGGAGGAGUUGGCCUUCAUGCAACGUCUUCAACAGAAUCGCAACAUCACCGCGGCUCCUCCCACUGGUAUUUCUCAGCUAAUGAAGAAGGAGGAUGUCUCAAUCGACACCGACGAUACAGUUGCCGCAGCUGGUGCUACCACGCGUGAAUCCCCCCAAUCACUCCCCUCUGAUGGGGGUGAAAGAGAAGUGCCACCACCGCCUCUUCAUGAAAGUCUUUUCUCAUCUUCGUCCUCCUCAUCUUCCUCUUCUGCCGCUUACUAUCCUGAUACUGCCAACUCCUCCUCCGUCACCGCCCUGCUCCCUGGUGUGCCCCUGGUACAGCAUCAGUCGCAGGUGCAGGAACCACAAUCUGGAAUCACCACCUCUUUGAAUCGGAUAGUGCAGAUUGGGCCAGAGAAUAAGCUUCCCGUGCUCUCUUAUUCUGCACCGCCGUCAUUGGGUCCCGCCUCUGAGGGGAGGCUGCUUGGGGGCCGUUGUAGCGCGCUGGAGGUGCGUUUCAUGCGCCGCAAGAUCGAUGACCUGGAGGCCCGGGUAAGUCAAAUGACCCAGCUUAUCCGGGCCCAGGGCGAGAUGCUGACCAAUCUCACUGAGAUGCUGCAACGACAGCAUCAGCCGUAG